AUCUCAACACAGCUGAAGUGCGUCUUCCACUCCCGAGGAUCAGGGUUGCAGCAGUGGUGUCCAUCUCUCCGUACUAUAAAAUAUAUAUAUCGUGUUUCACCUUGAUCGCCGGGCCCGGUGGCUAUAUAAGGCGUCGCUCGGAGGUGUCAAGCACAGUACAACUCUCACGUCGGACUCACAAUGCUACUUUCUCUGUCGGUAUUACUGGCGUGCGCCGCCGUCACUCUCGGCUCGGCCAGUCAACCCCAGGCAUCCUACGGCCCCCCACAGACCCACGGCUACUGCGACCCCACGGCCCCCCCCGCCUGUGUCCAAGGCCGUCCCCUCCCCUUCUGCACCGAGGACGACGAGUACCCCGAGUACGAGAUCAAGGCCGCCAUCAGCGCCGACAAGCUCUUCGGCAAGAAGUACGCCGACGUGGCCGACCAGUCCGCCGACGACCUGGUUGAAUACGUGACCAAGUCCCAGGAGGAGGCCUUCGACUUCUCCUACUACACCGGCGUCUCCACCGGGUACUCGCCCUACGACGUGACCCACUGGACGGGCCCCGAGGGCUACAUCUGUCCCUCCAAAGUGGGCUACCGCCUCCUAAGGCGCGCCCGCAACUUGGAGGGCAAGUGGCACGUCAUCGUCAACGACGUCGAGUACUACACGCAGACGACACGCCUGGACCACUGCCUGUUCCCUCAGGCCGCCUGCCGCGCCCUGGCGCCCUGCUUCAAGAGUAAGUGCGUGCAGAAGUACGUCUACCACCGCCUCCUCUCCUUCGACCCCUGCGACCCCUACAAGGGCCUCUUCAUCGACAUCUACAAGCUGCCCUCCGCCUGCUCCUGCCACAUCCCCACCCACUAGUGGGCGCCGCCCCGCGCCAGCAGGCAGGCUGGCAGGCCGGCCGCGGUCGAGAGGCCCGGCGACCACGACACAAGUACCGACACAUCCUGUAACCUUCCCCGGCGAUCAGGAGAAGCCCCGAGAUGACCUGAGAACUGCUUUCUUCACGUGCCACGCCGCCACCACCGCCGGCCCUCACGCCUCCCGGGACGCUCCCAACGCCGCCCUCCCACGCCUCCCUUCACCCGCUUUUCCUUCCUUCCUCUGAGCCGAGCUGACGCGAGAGUUGUAUUAUUUAUUAAAAACAAAAAAUCCCA